AUGACGCAGCUGCACUCCGUCGCCAGUCUCGACUACGGCGAUGGCCGCACCUGUGUGUGCCGUAUUUGCGAGUGCGGCAAGCACCAGUGCCCCGGCCUGCGCGUCCCGUUCGUUGGGGAGACUACCUACCGCGAUGAGUACGUUGGCAAGAACAUUGUGCGAGAGCGGCCUCGCAAGGCGCGGCAGACGGUGUUUCCCUCCAAGGCAGAGCCCGGCCACUUCAAAACGACGAAGCAGGAAGCAGCGGACUUGCUGAAGGGUAAGGACUUGCGCCCGGCGGAGUCUUACAAGCCCCGUGAGGCCGCAGCGGCACCACUGCCGUUUGAAGGCACUACAACCAACCGCGCCGACUUUCCAGGCUGGAUGCCUGACUACAACCGUACUAAACGCAAGGAAACCCCGCUCCCGAAACUGCCGGGCACGUACGUGACGACGAAGGGGGCGAUGGAGGAACCAGUGCGUGACCUGGCCGAGCAGGGUAGGCUGCCGAAGCCGCCAAAGAGCUUCAAGGCGGACGACACCCUGCAGAAUAGCCUCCCUUUCGACGGCAUUACCAACUACACGGCGGAGUACCCGCCGAAGGAAGUGCCGAUGACGCGCAGCGCCGCCCGCGACGUUCAGUCCAUCGCCCUGCCUGAGAACCGUGACUUUCAGACAACAGUCUCCGCUGCGUAUCAGGUGCCGCCGAUGCACAUGCGCCACGACUGUCCAGCCGCCUUCGUGCCGGUGCGCCCUGCCUCGCGCGAUGGUCACAUCAAGCUCUCCGUCUACAAUAUCCCCUCCGGCGAUACCAUGUACUAG